AGCAACAGUCAGGAAGCAAGCCACUAUCAGAUGGAUCAGAGGUCACAACUUCUUUCCUCUAUGGAGUAUGUGGCAUCCCCAGACCCCAAGCCAGGGGUCCCACUUCGAGUUGCAGAGAACGUUGCUCCAGGAGCCGAGGACUGGCUGCCAAGUGCUUCUGGGCACCUAGCCUGGGCCACUAGCCUGGAGACAGAGCAUCAGACACAUCUGGAGCUGAGUGAAGAACAGCGGUUGCAGGUUUCUAAGGAGCUAGUUGAUCUGCAGAUCUCGACCCACCACCUGCGCCAACAGCAUGAAGCUGAAGUCUUUGAGCUGAGGAGGGAAAUUCUUCGACUGGAAAGUCGGGUGCUAGAGCUAGAACUGCAUGGAAAUGGUGCCUGCCAGGGACAUAGAGUCCAACCAAUGGCCAAUCUGGGGCAACACCAGGUGCCACCACUAGAGCCUCCAGGAGGCCAGCAGAAGCUGCAGGAGGAACUGAAAUGGCUUCUGGAGCAUCACAGAGCCAGGCAGCAGGCACUGGAGACACAAGUGGGAGUCCUAAGCCAGCAGUUGCAGGGAGCCCGAGAGGAAGCCAGGACAACUGGUCAGCAACUGGCUUCCCAAGCCAUGGUGCUGGCCUCCUGUAAGGGUCAACUCCGGCAGGCUGAGGCUGAAAACACUCAGCUGCAGCUCCAGCUGAAGAAGAUGAACGAGGAGUAUGCUGUCCGGCUGCAGCACUAUGCCAGAGAGACGGUGGAGAAUGCCAGUAGCACAAAUCAGGCGGCCCUUCAAGCUUUCCUGGAGGCCACUCUGCAGGACAUUAGGGCUGCACACCGAACCCGAGAGCAACAGCUGGCCCAAGCUGCCCGGACCUACCGAAAGCGCCUGGCAGAUCUGAACCAGAGGCAGGAGUUGCUGCUAACCACCUGCAGGGCUACCUUUGCAACAGCCAUCAACCUGGAGCCAUUACCCAUGCACUGGGCCACUGAACUCAGCCACCCAAGAGAAAACGAGUAUGACCGACAUAGGACAAUGCUACUGUACCCAGAGAAGGGAUCUGGUGAAACUUCCAAGGAGAACAAGUCACAGCCACUGGCCCUAGACACUGCAUCCUGGGCCCAAAUCCAGCAGAGGCUGCAGGACUUCUCCCAGGACACUCAGGCAGAGCUAGAACGGGAACGGGCACAGCUGAUGGUCCGGGCCACCAUGGCAGAGCAGCAGCUUUCUGAGCUACAGGAGUAUGUGGACCAGCACUUGGGCAGGUACAAGCAGGAAAUCUUGAGACUGAGGAAGUUGGCGAAUACUGGAGAUCCCCAAGGAGUAGAAGCUGUAUCUUCGCCGGGCGGUGGUGGCGCACGCCUUUAAUCCCAGCACUCGGGAGGCAGAGGCAGGCCGAUUUCUGAGUUCGAGGCCAGCCUGGUCUACAGAGUGAGUUCCAGGACAGCCAGGGCUACACAGAGAAACCCUGUCUCGAAAAAAAAAAAAAAAAAAGAAGCUGUAAAGCUGUAUCUUCCACUAGGCCUCGGCGCCCAAGGACUCAGAGUCACUAGCUAGUCUCCCAGAAAAAUCUCAACAGAAAUCUCUUUACAGCCAGCAUGGAACCCUCUGGACACCCCGCCCCAGGAAGUGAUUCCUGGAACAAACAAAAGUCAGGAUUGAACCC